AUGCCAAGUGAAAAAGGUGAAGUUGUUGAGUUCGAAGUUGAAUCUGGUGGUGACGUAAGAACCAAGGCUAUUGACGUCACUGGCCGUGACGGUGCUGCUGUUUCCAGUGGGUCCUGUAGCGGCCGUGGUGAUGCCGGUUAUGGCGGCGGUAGAUAUGGUAGUGGAUUUGACAUUGGCUACGACGGUGGACACGGUGGUGGUAACUGUGGAGGCGGCGGUUAUGGUGGCGGUGGCAAUGGAGGAGAUGGUGAUGGAUACAACGGUGGUGGUGGAGGAAGCAGUGGUUGUAUUAAGUGUGGUGAGAGAGUUGAGGCAGAAGAGAGAGGGUGUUGA